AGAAGUUUCCUAUCUUGAAAUGUCUCGAGUUUGAGACAGAGUUCGUGUAUUGACGCUGAAUAAAAGUAUUAUUAGUUGUUAGGAAUCAUGUCCCUGCUGCAGUGUGUCGGAGGUCAACAUGCAGUGGAGAAGACACAUCACUGGCCUCGCUUUCAGUUUUGUAUUCGUUGUAUCAUAUUUCACGAAUAAGUUUGUCCUGUCAGUGUUGAAAUUCACCUAUCCUACGUUAUUUCAAGGAUGGCAGACAUUUAUCGGGGCUGCCUUGCUUCUACUCUCUGGGAAGUUAGGAUGGGUGGAAAUGAGCCGCAUCACCAGGUCUGCAGCUCUUUCCUGGCUUCCAGGCUCCCUCCUCUUUGUGGGAAACAUAUAUGCUGGUUCCAGGGCCUUAUCGCGCAUUGACAUUCCUUUUUUCUUCACUCUUCAGAAUUCCUCACACGUUGUUAGUUAUAUAAUCUUGAAGGUUGUCAAUCGACAGGAGAAGACACAAUGGCUGAAAUUAAUCAGCAUAUGCUUCAUUCUGCUCUCAGCCAUCAACCUCCCCGUUCAUGAUCCUCAGUUUGACUACAGCGGUUACCUUUGGGCUGUUGGCCAUCUGCUCUGUGUGGGUGCAUACAGGGUGUUUCAAGGUCACUACAAAUCCAGUAAUUUGAGUGACCUUGAACAACAUUGCAUCAACUACUUGUUCAGCGUACUGCUGCUGGCCAUUGCAGCCCACCCAACAGGUGACCUCACGGGUGCCUUGGAGUUCCCCUCCCUUCAGUCGUACACAUUUCACUGUGGUUGCUGUGCCAGUGCACUGCUGGGGUUUUUGUUGCUGCUGGCAACAGUCAAACUAAAAAGUGGAUUGUCCCUGGAGCACUUCGGGGUCUGGAUCUUCUUGUCCAAGAUUACUGCCAUGUCCCUCUCCCCGUUCAUUUUCUACAUGGACAUGAAUGCUUCAUCUCUGAUUUGUGUGGUGACCAGUCAUGUCGGAGAGGCCCUGCUGGUGUACUCUCACAGAGACUCUCAGCUGGGAUGACAUAGUCGCAGCUCUCCGGAUUAACCCACAGCUUGCACGCUGAAGAGAUUCUUUUUACCUAGAAAAUGUUUUUAUUUUUGCGCUGACAAUCUGACCAAAUAAAAUUUGAUUUUUGAACACA